CGUGCUUUCUGCGCAUGCGUCGACUGAGGCAACAGGCAGAAGAAGAAGAAGGAGGAGAGGAAGAAGAAGAAGAAGAAAAAGAAGAAGAGCAAACCCGGGGCAGCGGCCAUUUCCCCUCCGCCUCCUCUUCCUCCGUGGCUCCGGAGUCACGCGUGGCGGAUGCAGCUUUAACUUAUGGUGAAUCUCCGUACCUGAUUCCUGUGGUUUGACCGAAGUUGCUGGAGCCUGCAUGCUGCUUCAUGCAGUCACACGUUCUGGGUCAUGAAACUUAAUCCACAGCAAGCUCCACUGUAUGGGGACUGCCUCAUCACCAUAUUGCUCACUGAAGAUGACCAAGUUGGAAACGAUGACGUAGUGUUUUACCUCGUUUUCACUGGAUCUGCUGUUCAACACUGUACCAGCACGAGGAAACUCGACUCGGGGAAAUUGGAGACCAUUGCCCCUGGCCACGACUGCUGUGAGACGGUGAAGGUGUCUCUGUGUGCUGCAAAGCAAGACCACCCUGUUCUGGUGGUGGCCGAGGACACCUUGCAGUUUGUUCAGGAUGAAGCUUACGAUGCAGCGCAGUUCCUGGCAACCUGCGCGGGGAACCAGCAAGCCCUCAACUUCACAAGAUUCCUGGACCAGUCCAGGCCGCCGGCUGGGGACAUGGACUUUCUGGAUGAGAAAUUGACUCUGGCAUUUCGGCACCUGAAAUUGCCAGCCGAGUGGAAUGUACUAGGGACAGACCGUGCCCUCAACCAAAAUGUUUCCCAGGAGACGCUGAUGCAUUUUGCCGUGAGGCUGGGGUUGCAGCGCUUGACGUGGUUCCUGUUGCAGAAACCGGGCGGAAGAGACGCCCUCGGGGUCCCCAAUCGGGAAGGGGCCACCCCCAUCGGUUUGGCCUUAGAGAGGGGCCACCAGGAGCUCCACCAACUCCUGACAGAGAAAGAAGCCAGCGAACCGUGCUGCUGGAGCACCUUGUCCCAAAUCGUAAAUUCUGAGGAGUACUGUGUUGUUAAGCACCACCGAGGGUUAAAUGUUUACACGCUGACGACGGACGUAAAGAAAGGAGUAGGACCCAGCAUGGAGAAGGAUCUUCUCUGCCUCCGGAUGCACAUUCAGAACCACCGGGAUACGAAUCCAAGCGAAUGCCCACAACCUGCGCAGACCUGCAAGGACGGUAGUCCAAGCCCUGAAGCGAGGGACCGUACAGGUGCGCUAGGAGACGAUCUCCGUGAGACCACGGCAGAAGGAAACCAGGGAGACACUUCCGACCCACUGGAUCUAGAGGCAAUCCAGAUUUCGGUGCUUCCUUGCUUUGAGGAGGGUGUAGACAACCCGAGACCUUCCUGUUGGAGUGAAAAUACAAUUGCCGAGCUGCAGAAAGAGGAAGAGGAGGGGCUAGGCUUCAAGGCAAUAUCGGAAGAACGUGACGAGCAGCCGUGCCUGGUUAAUGGCCUUCAUGGGACGGCGGAGCUCCCCUCCUGUGGAUGUACAAACAGGGAAGCUGGGAUGACCUCCUCCUAUGUUGCUGUGGGGUCAGGAGACCUAUGCGACGGUGGUAACUUUCCCCAGGAAGUGGAGACAACCACACCAAGAGGCACAAAGCAGCCAACUUCCUGCAAGGAAGGCAAUGUCGUGAUGGGGCAAGGAGAGUGCAAGAGUUGUACGGGAUCCACAGAUGUGACCAUAACAGCCCAGCGGUCUGUGGAGAGCGAGGAGAGUGAUAGCAAGACCUCUGCAGUGGUGUCCACCACAGAUCCUGCCGUGUCCUUGCUUGGAGAUCAUCGUGCCGUUGCUCCUUGCCAAAGUGGGGGUGAGGAUGGACCUGGAGAAGUGAGGCCUCCACAAGGUAAUGAGCUUGUGAGUUUGAGUGCGGAUGUUAGUCCUUUUGAGACCCGUGAACAAACAGGGUCAGAGAUUCCCAGCAAGAGCAACAAGAAGGAGUUUGUGGAACGUCCUGAGGACGGCGAGCACCUGGGAAAUGAGGUGCAAAGUUCAGCUCCGGACCCUGAAAUAAUAAACACGGCAGGGAUUUUGGAGAACUCAACAAAACAUGUAGUAGAAAUGAACAGUAAUGGAGAGGAACGGAAAGAUGGACAUACAGAUUGUAUGAAUGUUGGGAUGGGUGAUUUGGAACGGAGCGUCGGAGUCCAAGAUGUUGGUCCUGCUCCAGGUGCGGAAAGCGAUAAGCCAGGUCCAAUGUGCGUUGAGGCCAGUGACAGUAUGACAUCGAUUGCAGCUGACGGGCAGGAGGAGCAAAAAAACCUUGAGCUGAAGCUGCCAGGAACUGAAACCAGCAGCUGUGGAGGAAGUGCUGACUCUACCCUUUUUGUUGUUGCCCAUGAGCAGGGAGUUGGCACAGAUGAGCAGCGCAGUGGCUCCGUCUUGUGCACGGAGCCCACCUGUGCCUCUGAUCUCCCUCCGUGCUUCCCGAGCCCCGCAGUGCCAUCCCUUGCCGAGGAGCAGACUCUCAGUAAACAAGCCGAGAUGGCAGGAAGCGAUUGUGAGCCGGACCGGUUUAGCAAAAACGCUCAGGAAUUCAUCGCUGCGGCUUCCGCCUUGCUCGUGGAAGACGUUAUCCAGCAGGCCCGGCUGACUCUGGCUCGGGAGGAGAAAGCCCAGGCAGCCCCUUCCGGGCAGAAGGACCUAGCCCUGCCUUCCCUUGGCAAGCCUACGGAUAAUUUAAUGGGCACACCCUCUGCCGUUCAGGAUAAUGAAGCCAAACAAAACCAGGAAGUCGCGGCAGAAACAGUAGGGAAAGAAGAGACUGCGGUUGCCGAGCAGGGAAGCCCCGUGUGCCUCAAGCUAACAACAUCAGAUUCUUCUCCGAUUAUCGGGCAGCAAUAUUUGGGUGAGAACAGCUCAUCCUCACGGCUGCCUGAAAGUGGCAAGGAGGCAACUUCGUUGGAAGGCUUGACAACAACAACAGCUGUUGUAACGCCAUCUCCUGCUUGGGAUCAGGUGGACAAAGAGAGCCCCAAGGAUGGCUUAAAGGGAGAAGCCGGUGAAGCUGGGGCUCAUCAACCAACGCUUGUGCUGUCGGAGGAUGCUCCUCUGUGCGACGAGAGGGUCCUCUCUGCUGAUGCCGUGGCACACAGACACGUGGAUCUUGAUUCAGCUUCGUGUGGAAUUUCUGAAGCCAGUGGAGCUUCUGAUUUAAUGGAAGUCCCACUGCUCCCCCCCUGUGAGCUGCCCACGGGAGCCGGUCUUGCCCAGGAAGGGGAGGAGGUGGACAAUGUGCCUUCAAGGAUAGCGCUUCAGCCGAUUGCCGAAGAGCCCCCAUGCGAUUGUGACCCCGGUUCAGACAUGCUCCUUUUGGUGGGUGACACUAGUACCCUCGUGGCUGACGUGGUCCCCGUGGAAGCCCACAAGGAGAAGGGGGAAGAAAGCCACGCUGGGCCCCAGGAGCAGCUUUGGCCACCCUCUCCCUCACGUGUGGUUGAACUUCUGGAGAAAGUGGAGGUGCCCAGUCAUCCUGGUCCUGAACAUGGAAGUGUUUUGGUGGAUCAUGUUGAUCAGAUAGCCAAAGAACCCCAUGAAGCCCCACCGAAGGCCGAUUCAAAUGGUCCUUUGGUGUCUUUGGAUAGAAAUCCCAUGGAAAUAUCUCCCUUAAUGGAAUCUGAAAUUGAGACCCAGCAUGUAGAAGACGCCACUGGAGAAGGGGAUUUACAUUUGCAACCAGACGGAUUGGUGAGGAAGAAUGAAAACUUCGGGUCCGCAAGAUUGUCACCUGCUGCAGACGCCACGGGGAUGAAAACCGAAGAAGAGGUCGACGUUUCAAGAGGCCCGGCCGAGACGCCUGCGCCCGAGGAAGCGAUUAACCGUGAAAGCUGGUGUCCUGCUGAAUCUUCUUCAGAUGCCUCACUUUUGGAAACAAAGCACUCUUGCCAUUCUUCAGGAAGUUAUAAUUUUCUCGAAGAUCGAUUAAGUGGUAACGACACCGCAUCGCAAGGCAUCCUUAAAACAGGAUCCGGGAGCGUGACGGAUCUCUUUCCUUUGCCAGGAGAAGAUGGGAUGGAUGAGGUGGACUUUGGGAAGCAGGCUGAAGAGGAGCAGUCAGCUGGAGACAGCACGAGUUCAAGUUCCUCAGCUGAUGAUACAAUAUCCCUGGAAAGGAACUCUUCGGUGGGGAGUGACGUCUCCUUCCCUCAGGCUCUCAGCCUCAGCCGAACCAAAGACCAGUACAGUCCGGAUGGGAACCCCUUCAACACAGCAAUGGGUGCUGAAGAGCAAGGCGGCGGGGCUGUUGUGUUGGGAGAACUGGAGGAAGAGCUGGAUAGCAUCACAGAAGUGCCUCCGCCGCCGUAUUCCUUACGGAACGCCAUAAGGCCCUUGUCUCCCUUCCGGCGGCACAGCUGGGGCCCGGGAAAAAACAGCAGCAGCGAAUCCGAAGUCAACCACCGGAGUUCAAUGCGAUUGCUGGGGGAUGGUGUAAGGAAGCCUCCCACUCAUAGGAGAAGUAUGAGCUGGUGUCCCUUGGGUGUCCAGUGCACUGCAGUGGGUUCCAACUUGAAUGGUAGAAGCUAUAGUUUGGAAGGCCUCGCUGGAGAGCCCGGCAGCAUUAAGAAGCCACCCUCCUGUCUGGAGACGUCAUCUCUAAAGGCCAAAGAUUUGCGACAGAAUUCCCUCACAAACGAUGAGCGAGGGUCGUUGGUCUCACUCACGGAAGAGGAGCUGGAAUCAGAGCAAGCAGAGAUGAGAGGCUUUGACCGCCAGAUACACCAACGAUCACAGCCCCGUGCCUUCAACUUUUCCACGACUGCUGUUUCUCCUCCACUGACUAAAUCUAUGUCUCUUAUGACCAUCACUCAGGCGGGACCAGAAACCCCGGGACGGACUCGGCCAUCCAGGCGGAUUUCCUUCUCCUUCAGCAUCUCUCCACUCAUUCCUAAGUCUAAAACUAUCUUUUCUGUUGGCUCUUCUUCCAGUGAUGAGGAGGAGGAGUUGGAUAGUAACCGAUCUUUCAGCAGCACUGGCAGUUCACUGACUCAGAGCAUCUCCGAGGAGAGUGGCCAUUUCCAGCCUCCCAGCCCCUCCAGAAAAGACUUGGAAGGCAAAAGCGGGACGAAAGUCAGCCGCACAUUCAGCUACCUCAAGAACAAAAUGUCUAGCAGUAAGAAGAGCAAAGAAAAGGAGAAAGACAAGGAGCGGAUCAGAGAAAAGGACAAAGACUCCAAAGACAAGGACAAGAAGACAAUCAAUGGGCACCUCUUCAGCGCCACCCCAACCGUGGGGCCCGUCAGUUGCUACUAUUGUAUGAAGCCCUUUAACAAGGAUUCCUUUGCCUGUUCAGGCUGUGGAGUCAUUGUCCAUAAAACUUGCAAGGAGAGCUUAGUUGCUUGUGCCAAGGUCAAAAUGAAGCUCCAGAAAGGAGGCCUCCAGGCACAUGAUACCUCCUCGUUGCCCACAGUCAUUAUGAGAAGUAAGACCUCACAGCCGAAGGAGAGACCUCGCUCUGCCAUCCUGGCUCCAGACGAAAGCAACGUGACCUCCUUGUUCACGAAUAGGAGAUCCCAGCAGAACCUGGCCCUUUCGAAAAGCGUCUCCAUUCAAAACAUUGCUGGAGUUGGAAGCGACGAAAGCAUUCUCCACACGUGGAAGUUCCUCUCUCAAUCAACAGACUCCUUGAAUAAAAUCAGCCGCGUAAAUGAAUCCACGGAGUCAUUAACAGACGAAGGUGCAGACAUGAAUGAAGGUCAGCUCAUGGGAGAUUUUGAGUCUGACUCAAAGCAGCUGGAAGCCCAGUCUUGGAGUCAAGUCGUAGAUAGCAAAUUUCUCCAUCAGCAAAAGGGGAAUGUGGUGAAGAGGCAAGAUGUCAUCUAUGAACUGAUGCAGACAGAGAUGCACCACGUCCGCACCUUGAAGAUUAUGAGCGACGUCUACAGCAGAGGAAUGCUGAAGGACCUUCAGUACGAGCCGCACAUGGUGGAGAAAAUCUUCCCUUGCCUGGAUGACUUGAUAAACAUCCACAGCCAAUUCUUUCAGCGGAUUCUAGAGAGGAAAAAGGAAUCUCUGUCAGACAGAAGUGACAUCAACUUUGUAAUUAAAAGGAUAGGAGACAUCCUAGUGAACCAGUUUUCUGGGGAGAAUGCCGAGCGAAUGAAGAAAACCUAUGGCAAGUUCUGUGGGCAUCACAACGAGGCAGUGAAUUAUUUUAAAGACUUGCUCUCCAAGGACAAACGGUUCCAAGCAUUCAUCAAGAAAAAGAUGAGCAGCUCUGUGGUGAGGCGCCUGGGGAUUCCGGAGUGCAUCUUGCUAGUGACGCAGAGAAUCACAAAAUACCCCGUCCUGUUGCAGCGAAUACUGCAGCACACGAAAGAAAACGACAUUGAACAUCGGGAUCUGGUGCUUUCGCUCAACCUGGUGAAGGAGGUCAUCACGGCAGUGGACAGCAAAGUCAGCAACUACGAGAAGAAGAUGCGGCUCAAUGAGAUCUAUACCCGAACAGACAGCAAGUCCAUCAUGAGAAUGAAGAGCGGGCAGAUGUUUGCCAGGGAGGAUCUGAGACGCAGGAGGUUUGUCCGGGAUGGACCCGUUUCUCUGAAAAACGCAGCUGGUAGAUCGAAAGAGGUUCUGGCUGUACUCCUCUCAGAUGUCCUGAUCUUCCUCCAAGAAAAGGACCAGAAAUACAUAUUUGCAUCUCUGGAUCAAAAAUCCACCGUGAUCUCAUUGAAGAAACUGAUUGUGCGUGAAGUGGCCCAUGAGGAGAAAGGCUUGUUCCUGAUCAGCAUGGGAGGAAAAGACCCGGAAAUGGUGGAGGUCCACGCCAGCUCCAAGGAGGAGCGCAACAGCUGGAUUCUCACCAUUCAAGACACAAUUAACACUAUGGAUAAAGAAGAAGAUGAAGGCAUCCCCAGUGAAUCGGAAGAGGAAAAACGUGUGCUGGACACCAAAGCAAGGGAACUGAAAGAACAGCUCCAGCAAAAAGAUCAGCAAAUCAUAACGCUGCUGGAGGAGAAGGAUAAGAUUUUCCGAGACAUGACUGACUGCAGCAGGCACGAGGAGAGUGCGGGAGCCCGAACGUUGUUCCGGUCCAAUACUGAAGAGGCUCCCAAGGGGCAAAGUGUGAUGAAGAGCGUCAUCAGUGAAGUUGAGUUAUUACAAGGGCUGGUAAGCAGGAGCCUAGGAAGUGCCCUUGGCCCACAGUUGAGCAGCCUUUCCUCCGAGCAGGAGACUGUGGGGCCCGUCUCCCUCCCCAGAAGAGCAGAGACAUUUGGCGGAUUCGACAGUCAUCAAAUGAAUGUAUGCAAAGGUGGGGAGAAGGAAGAAGGUGACGAUGUGCAGGAUCUUCGGAGGACAGAGUCUGACAGUGUCUUAAAAAAGGGAGGAACAGCAAACUUGAUGUUUGUGCUGAAAAGGAACAACGAGCAAGUUCUCCAGAGCAUAACACACCUCCACAGCUUGCUGGGCACAUUGCAGGCAGUCGUGGUGCAACAAGACACCUACAUUGAAGACCAGAAGCUUCUUCUUACGGAGAGGGCUCUGAGCCGCGGCUCUUUCCGGCCCAACUCGCUGAUUGAGCAGGAGAAACAGCGGAGCAUGGAGAAGCAGAGGCAGGAGUUGGCCAACCUUCAGAAGCAGCAAGCCCAGCACCAGGAAGAGAAACGGAGAAGGGAGCGGGAAUGGGAAGCCCGGGAGAAAGAGCUGGUGGAGCGGGAGGCCCGGCUGAGCCAGCGAGAAGACCAGGCCCAGAAGGAACACCAUCAUCUGGAGAAGGAGAGAGAGGAGCUACAGCAAAAGAAAGCGGCCUACCAGCUUGACUUGGAGCAUCUUCGGGCUGCCCAGAAGCAGCUAGAGAAGGAGAAGGAACAACUGAAGAGGGAUAAGGAGCAGUUCUCUCAGCCGCACACAGAGUCCAGUUUCAAUCUGCUUUCCAACCAGCAUGCCAAGGUGGGUCGGACCCCUUCUAUGCCUGUGAUGGAUGAAUCCUCUUGCCGACCACUGAGCGCUUCUCUCGGCAAGCAGGGUCUGUUGGACACGGAACUCUCGGCGUCACCCAAAAGAAACAGCUUCUCAAGGGCACAUAAAGAGAAGAGCUCUUUCCACUUAAGUAGCACCACCGCCUCAAGCCAAACCAACAAACCAGCCGAGGGACACAUCCCGAUGCCCAACCGCCUCUUUGGCUUGGCCAAGCCGAAGGAGAAGAAGGAAAAGAAGAAGAAGGGCAAAGGGCACCGCAUACAGCCAACUGAUACUCACUCGCCAGAAGCAGGUCCAGAGGGUGAAGAGAUCUUCUGCUAACUUCACCUCUCUCCAUUUCUCUUGUUCCACUCUGCCAAGCAUAUGCCAAGCAUAACACAUUGGUGACUCUCCCUCCUGUACGUUGAAUUAGCAUUGGGUUUCCUUACAGCAAAAACUCCUCUGUGAGCUUACAGUUGCAGCCUGUUCUUUACUGCUCUGGUUCUUGAAAAUCUUACUUUUCAAAAGUCAGUGUGGAGAGUAACUUUGGACGUGACCAGAUUGGGCGGGCUCAGUUUUGGUCGCUCAUGUUCUAGAAAAUGUCCACUCUUUGUAUAUUUGCUGGCUUAACGGCUUGCACAGACAGACUCUCCCUUGGAUUUCCGUUCAUCUCCAAAAUGUGUUUGUAUUCUUUCUGGGGAAUAGAAGGAAUAUGUCCCAGGGGCAGCCAAGAAGCGUAUCUUCUUACAGGGAACACCACCAAAAAUCGAAAAGGCCUCAUUAGUAAAUAGAUGGGGCUCUUUAUGCAGUGUUUAUACACUGGUAUGUAUAGAUAAACUGUAUAUAUUCGUACACAUAAAAAUAUACAUAUAUAAAUAAAUGUAGUUGUGUAUCCGUUGGGAGAUGCACUAAUUCUGUACAGAAAACUUGGAAGAGCUUAGCUCUGUGCCCUAAAGGGUCAGUUGAUCUCUAUUAAACUGUUCAGGGACUGUGUCAAUAACGAAAUAUCUUUGUACUUUUUGAUCUUCAGAUGCUUUUGCCACCAGUAACUCCUUCAUAUAUGAGGGCUAUUUAGAAAGUAGGUUACGUUUUGGAUUUUAAAAAGGACAAAGUAUAGGAGAAAUCAUUUACCAUAUGCAGCUGAAAGACACAUCCCAAAACUACAAUCUCAUGUAAUCCCCAUUGAAAUUUAGCCACGUUUCAUAUAGAUAAAUGAGUUUGAAAAGUACUGCCCCAGUAAAUUUGUCGCCUCUCUCCUCCAUUUCCAACAAUUGGGGCUUGGCUGGCAGCACAGCGUUUUGGCUACGCUGCAGAAAGGGAGAAGGGGGAAGAGCUGAGGACACAAGCGGGGAAUUUACUGGAGCAGUACUUUUCAAACUCAUUUAUCUAUGUGAAACGUGGCUAAAUUUCAAUGGGGAUUACAUGAGAUUGUAGUUUUGGAAUGUGUCUUUCAGCUGCAUAUGGUAAAUGAUUUCUCCUAUACUUUGUCCUUUUUAAAAUCCAAAACGUAACCUACUUUCUGGAUAGCCCUCGUAUGUUUGUUUUUGGGGAAUGGACUAAAGGCCAGAUAAUGGGAGAGUGACCUUUACAACGUUGAGCUCUGACAGUUACAUUUUGGGGAAAGUAGAAGCAGUGGGCCGGCUUGGAGGCAGCAGUUCCAUCGAUGGCAUCAGAAUGCUUUGUGGAUUUGAACUUGGUGAAGACUUUAAAAUGGGAAUGGAAUAGAAAUAGGAACACCUUUUCCUGGAAUGCUUAUUAUAUGUCACUUGCCGUGUUCGAACUGGAAAGCUGUUAAUGCAACAUAGAGAUGGUUGAGCAGUCAUAGCUUUCAGCAGAAGGAGGAGAACCCUCUAUUUCUCGUUCUUGACUACUAUCAAGCUCAUCAGGACAUUUUUCAGUUUCUCCCAAUUUUCAUGCAACCCCGUCAUCAUUUUGUAAGUUUAUUUGGGGAGGGGGGGGGGUAAUGAAAUCAGUUGUCAUUUAAAAAGCCACACUCUAACGAGAAGUAUGAGGGCUAUCCAGAAAGUAGGUUACGUUUUGGAAUUAAAAAUGAACAAAGUAUAGGAGAAAAGAUGUACCAUAUGCAGCUGAAAGCCACAUCCAAAUACUACAUCUCAUGUAGUCCCCAUUGAAAUCUAGGCAUGUCUCAGAUGGAUAAAUGAGUUUGGAAAGUUCUUCCCCAGUGAAUUCUGCCACUUGUGUCCUCAGCCCUUCCCCCUUCUCCCACCAAAACGCUGGGGAAGAACUUUCCAAACUCAUUUAUCAAUCUGAGACAUGCCUAGAUUUCAAUGGGGACUACAUGAGAUGUAGUAUUUGGAUGUGGCUUUCAGCUGCAUAUGGUAAAUGUUUUCUCCUAUACUUUGUUCAUUUUUAAUUCCAAAAACGUAAUGUACUUUCUGGAUAGCCCUCAUAUAUUCAUCUACCUGCAACAGAACGAUGCAAUAUGUCCCCAAGCUUUGUUUACUUGGAAAGCUGAAGCUUAAAUUGCAGAGUUUCCAGCCCGGUCUUGUCAUUGAAUCCGAACCAGAUGGGCGAACAUGAUGUAAACAUGAACUGACCCUUGAUUUUAAAAAGAGUCUGGAGUCUGGUGGUGUUGCACCACAUGGAUGGUCCUUUCACCAUGCAGUUUUAAUUUUGAACAUUGGAAGGCAGUGAAGGGAGUCACAUUGUGUUACAUUUCCAGCUCAGAAAGAGUUGUGUGCAUCUGAACUAAUUCAACAUCUGAAUUAAUUCUUCCAGUCAUGCCAUUUUUGAGAACAAGGCUGUCUUACUCACACAUGCCCUCUAAUCACUUCUUUUAUCUUUUUGUCACAGUUUAUUUAGAGGGAGACACAAUCCCCUUUUGAAUUGCUAGAGGCCUUGCCGUUCCCACGUGCAUUUUCCCACUGCCGAAGUUCUGUUUAGAAAACCAGUUGCCUCCUCUUCAGAGCAUGAAAUGUAAAAUCCUUGAACGCAUUCAGGGUUAAGCUGUAGUGAAAGAGGGCUUGUUCUAGCACCUUGAGCCAGUACAAGUUGACUAUGAAAUGUGUGAGUAGUUGCAACGGAAGAGGAAUAUUUCCAAUAGAUGAGUGACCGUAGAGGAGUUAAAUGAUACAAAGACGGAAUCCUCCCUUGAAGCCUUUGGAAGCUUUGUUUUCCCACCACCUCUCCAACAUUUAUUUUUAAAGAAAGGUUUGCACUAUUGUCCUGAUGCCAUUUCCCUUUUCAAGCAUCUCAGGCGCUGUUUUUGUGCAACAAAACAUGCAAAAAUGAGCAUGGAAGCUCUUCUCUACCAAGCUCUUCAGAACUGGCACCACAUGGUGGCAUCUGGUCUGCCUUAACCGGCAGGUUAAGCAACUCUGGUUGGAUUUGGAAGCUCUCUAAGUGAUUCAUCCUUUAGGAACCAAAUUAGGAGGCAGCGGUGGAGUUCAGAUUUUUGUUAUGUUUAUUCUUAUUAUUUGAUGUUUGUUCUCAGUUGCAAGCUGGGCUUGCAUUUCAAAACAUCUUUUGUAAGUUUAUUUGGGGAGGGGGGUAAUGAAAUCAGUUGUCAUUUAAAAAGCUACACUCUAACCAGAAGUACGAGGGCUAUCCAGAAAGUAGAUUACGUUUUGGAAUUUAAAAUGAACAAAGUAUAGGAGAAAACAUGUACCAUAUGCAGUUGAAAGCCACAUCCAAAUACUACAUCUCAUGUAGUCCCCAUUGAAAUCUAGGCACGUCUCAGAAGGAUAAAUGAGUUUGGAAAGUUUUUCCCCAGUAAAUUCUGCCGCUUGUGUCCUCAGCCCUUCCCCCUUCUCCCGCCAAAAUGCUGGGGAAGAACUUUCCAAACUCAUUUAUCCAUCUGAGACGUGCCUAGAUUUCAAUGGGGACUACGUGAGAUGUAGUAUUUGGAUGUGGCUUUCAGCUGCAUAUGGUACAUGUUUUCUCCUAUACUUUGUUCAUUUUUAAUUCCAAAACGUAAUGUACUUUCUGGAUAGCCCUGCAACAGAACGAUGCAAUAUGUCUCCAACAAAACAUGCAAAAAUGAGCAUGGAAGCUCUUCUCUACCAAGCUCUUUAGAACUGGGACCACGUGGUGGCAUCUGGUCUGCCUUAACCGGCAGGUUAAGUAACUCUGGUUGGAUUUGUAAGCUCUCCAAGUGAUUCAUCCUUUAGGAAACAAAUUAGGAAAAAGCGGUGGAGUUCAGAUUUUUGUUAUGUUUAUUCUUAUUAUUUGAUGUUUGUUCUCAGUUGCAAGCUGGGCUUGCAUUUCAAAACAUCUUUCUGUUUGUUUGAAAGAGGUCUGGAUUUUCUUUUUUUGUGAAACAAAGAGAGAGCAUUGACUUUGGUUUCCUGUUUUGUUUAUUUUUAAACUGGGCUUAUGAAGCUUAUGAUUUUUUUUAAAGGAAAUUCGUAUGUACGUAUUACAUUGAUAACUGCGGGCACCAUACUAAAAGGGGACAAAUAGCCUGUGGUUAUCAAAUGGACUCAACCACUGCUAGGGAGAAACCUCUAACGUCCAAGAUCUCUUAGAAGAAGAACAGCUGACGUUGUGUUAGUGCUGCACACCCUUCUGCGAAAAGAGUUGAAAACAAGCCCCUUCCUCAAGGUGUGUAACUAUAUCUCACUUUCAUUGCUGGUUCAGGAGAUGGAUAUAUUUGGUGUUUCAUCUUGUUCUUCUGGGGAAUGGAACAUGUAACAGUUGGAAAGUGAUGCUUCCCUUGAAUCACUGCCGUUUCUCUCAAGGCAAUUGUUUCCGUCGUUUAUUUACUACGGAUUUGGCUCUCUCCCUUUGCCUCCUUCCUUCACCAGAACUUUGGAUUUUCACUCUCAUCCACAGGAAAGAUAUGCUCCAUGGCUAGGUGAAUAUUUUUCACCUCUUGAAACCCAGAAAGUUUGAUCUUGUACAAUUCAUACUCAAGGGCUAUUUCAUGCAAAUGGAUGCCAUUUCAUGUAGGGAAUUUGUAGCCAAAAAAAAAAAAAAUACAAUCUGCUGCCAUCGUUCCUUCUCAUCACAGAGGAGGAAAACCAUGUUCUGCAAAGUAUAUUUUUUAAGAGACAACGAGAGAUAGCUUUGUGGACUGCUGUGGUUAGUUUACAAUUUAAAUUCAGCCAUGGUAAAUUAUUUCUAACAAUGACUGGAUGAACUCUAGCAUAAAUAUAUAUUACACAAAAUGGUAUUAUAUAACCGUUUGGUCCUCUCACUUGGCUUCAAUUUUCCCCGCCAUCACUUCCACGACUGCCACCAAAUAGACUUGUACAAAGGUAUUUCCAGACAAGUGUACCACAGUGGAGAGUUUUUUUUAAACACUUUGUUUAAAAUUCUUUGUUAAUUUGUAAUUAUGUAAAAAGUAGUUUAUUGCCUGUAAAAAGUUUUGUUCCCUCUCCUGUUUUCCAUAUACAUGGAAACAAACCAAAACCCAUCAAAUUUUCAUAAUAGCUUUUAUUUAUCUGCAUUUCGUAAACGACUUCCUGUAAAAUAUUUUCCCUUCCCUCUAAAUAAAAUUUGAUUUCCUGUCUGAAAAUGUACCUGCUUGUGUUAGUUUGUGUAAAGGCUAUGAACGACUGCCACCAAUUUGGAAAGAUGCAACCACCAAAGACUCGGGGAGGAGACCUUUUCUUGUGUUUUUCCUUUCUUCUUCUUAUUCACUUUAGAUGGUAGCAUAACUUGGUUUAGAAUAUAUGCGACAGAGGCUUAGAUGUUGGAAGUUGGAUUUUUUUGAGUUUUUCAAAUGUGGAUCAGAAAGAUCUAAGUUUUAAACACACAUACUCUGCAAACAGUUUGAUUCCAAUGCAAGUAAAAACAACUGAAAAAAAGGACUAUAAUCUACCUGAUGAAGACUCUUGAGUGGAAACCAGUCGUGGUUUUGCAGUCUACUAUCUAUCUAUAUAUAUAUAAUAAAAGUCAAUGUUUGUAUGCGG